AAAAGUAAAAAAUUAUUUACCAAACGACGUUUAUAAGUGUAUGGAAUUUUAUCGAAGUGUACGAAUAUAUGUGUAUUAAAUAUAGUUUGAUUUAAUUUAAAGUUAAUUUUUUGAUAAAAAACAAAAGACUUAAGAAGGAAACUACACUUCAAGGAUACUUCAAACGAAUUAACUGAAUAAAGAACAUAGUGAUUGUAGUUAAUUUGUAGAGAAAGCAUCUUUUUUUAUAAAUAUACUUUCAAUUGUAGUUAAGAAUUUAAAUUAUUUAUAAUCAGCAUAGAUUAUUGCUUCAAUACUUCACGUUAUAAUUCUUGAGGCACCUUUAAAAAUGGAAGAAAAUGUAAUACAAAAUCGUUUAACUAUUCAUAAAGAGGUAGAAAAUAGUCUGCCGAACUUAACUUUUGCUCACAGUCAAGUCGAUAAAGUGAAGAAAAACGAUUUUAGUAUAUUAAGCCACAUUUAUCUCACAUAGCUUGAUAUGCUGUUAAAAGUACUAAGUAGUACUAAAGUAAGAACACUACUAAAACCAAAGUGAAUGUCUAAUUUAUAUUAAAGUUUAAAAAAUGCCCAUAUAAAGGUCACCCAAAUGUAAUUUUGCUAAACCUUCAAUCUCCUUUCAUUAAAAUGUAAUAAUAAAAGUACUAUUUACUUUCAAAAGUACUUAAAGACUUAAUUACGCACUGCUUAAUUGCUUUUAAGUGAUUUUAAUGAAUCGUUUGACAAAUCUCCAUAUUAAAAUCUCUUAUACAGAACUAUGUACUCAUAAUGCAACUAAACACAUGCAAAUAUACAUACAUACAUAUAACAUGAGUAAAGGGACCGUGAAAUUGAGAUAAACAUAUGUUUCUAUGCUUACGAAUACGUCUAUAUUAUAUAAAGGUUGUACUUUGUUUUGUUUUUUAAAUUGUGUGCUUAAAGGGAAUUUGAAAAGUUACACAUUGUUCCCUCGGCACUUAUCAGACAUUUUUUCACAUUGCAUUUGGUUUGAUUUCAUUGUAAAAAGCUAUAUUUCUGAUUAAUAACAGAAUUUGACCCACUCCCACAGACUUCUAAGUGCAAGUAAAAAACUGUCACCGAAAUUCUAUUCGAGAAUAAUGCUGAAUUAUUGAACUAUUUUCGUUAUAACACAUAUAAACAUUAAGGAAGGCAAUAAAAUAUGGGUGUGGAAGUAUUUAACAGCGUAAUAUCGAUAUUUUAGCGAUAAAGCUACAUUUGUUAAUUAACAACGUAACAUUUGCCUUGAAGGAUAAUGGAUGUGUCAUUAAUAUAAAUGUACAUACAUAUAUUAUACAGUAGAUAUCGGUUAUAUGACGAACCGCUUGUAUGCAAAUUUUGGUUAUAUGCAAAAUUUUCAUAUUUCAACGCAUUAUAGAACGUUUUAUUAUAUGAAUUUGGUUGUUUGAAUGCAAAUCGUUUAUAAGCAAAUAUCGCAUUUAUGCAAAAAAAUUUCAGCAAAAUUGAAUCGUUACGUACAAAUUUUAAUCUGUUUUAAGCAAAUUUUCCAACACUGAAACACUAAAUUUAUUCUAUCGAUUUAUCGAUUGUCAAACAUAUGAUUUUGUGUUACACUUGUUACAAUGUCGCGUCGUGUUGUGUUAACAGCGAAACAAAAAAUUGCGGUUUUAAACGAUUUAAAGACUUCCAAAGACCGAAAAACCAUUGCUGCUAAAUAUAAAGUUAGCUUAAGCACUAUAUCGCGCAUUCAAAUCCAAGAGAACAAAAUCCGCGCCAUAACAAAUCCCAAUAGGAAACGGGAUAGGAAAGGCGCACACGUGAAUUUGGACAGAACCUUGUUGUCCUGGUUUAACCAAAUCCGGUCCCAAAAUGGAAUUGUUACCGGACCUGUCUUGCUUUCUAAAGCACAGGAAUUUGCGUUAAAAUUAAACGAAAGUUAUGUGCCAGACCGUAGUUGGUUGCAGCGUUGGUGCGGGCGAAAUGCCCUUAACUUCUCCAAGAUUUACGGAGAAGCUGGCGAAAAUAACGCAACAAGUGCAGAAGUUUUCACUACUAACCGUUUGCCUCAUAUUAUUGAAAAAUUUUCGCCGGAUUGUAUAUUUAAUGCCGAUGAAACCGGGCUGUACUACAAGGCGUUGCCAAAUGGAAGUUACAAAGGCAAGUAUGAGAAUCCAAAGGGAUUCAAAACUCAAAAGCAACGCCUCACCUUUCUGUUUCUAUGCAAUGCAACCGGCACGUAUAAACGUGCAUAUUGCAUUGGAAAGUCGGCUAAACCACGGUCUUUUAAAGGAAAACAGCUACCGCUGCCAUAUUAUAAUAAUAGAAGUGCUUGGAUGACGAGUGUUAUUUGGAAAAAGAUUCUAAUAGAUCUCAAUCAAAAUCUUGAAAAAGAUAACAAGCAGAUAUGUUUGAUUGUUGAUAAUGCUCCUUGCCACAAUACAGAUGAGAAAUUCUCAAACAUUACGAUUGAAUUUUUGCCACCAAAUACAACUGCCCUUAUACAGCCACUUGAUCAAGGUAUCAUCCACUCCUUUAAAAUGGAAUAUCGACAAAUACUAAUAAAAAAACAAAUUUGUGCGUUGGAGAAGGGCUUAUCUAUAGUUGAAUUCCUGAAAUCGCUCACUAUUUUGGAUGGUAUCAAUUAUGCAAAUCGCGCUUGGAACCUUGUUAAGCAGCAAACAAUUAGUAAUUGUUUCAAAAAGGCAGGCAUUGACAACAUUCAAUUCAUUACAGAUGAGAUUGCAGCCACAGAAGGCGAAAACUAUGAAUGGUGCACACUCGAUAAUGAAUACAUUCAAUGCGAUAAUGAACUUGUCUGCUUUGGAACCAUGUCGGACGAGGAUAUUGUUGCGGACGUAUUGGCCGUCAAUCAAAAUUCUACUGAAGAUGAGGAAGUGUUCGCGCAAUCUGAGGCUUGUAUUAAACACCCCUCAACGAAAAAUGCCUUGCUAAGCUUAGAUUCGCUGCGUGACUAUUUUUGUCAUAACAAUAUAGAUCCCUUAGAGGCUUUUGAAGAUAUUGAAAAUUUAAUCCUAGAGAGUUCUGAAAAACAGAAAUGCCAGAAGAAAAUAACAGAUUUUUUAAGUAAAUCUUAACAAUUUUCAAAUUAAAUGAAUUGACUGAAGUGAAAUAUAAUUUUUAUUAAAACUGAAUAAGUUUAUAUAUUCUAUUUCUUGUGUGCUAUUUUUUGUUUACAUCGAAUUGAUUGUGUAUAUGCAUAUAUUUUGCAUAUAAGCGAAUACCGCUUGUUUGCAAUUACCGCCUGUAUGCAAAUUUUUUUUUGCAUUAUAACAAUUGCAUAUAACCGAUAUCUACUGUAUCUGUUUGACUACGUCUUUUUUUAAUGUUUGCGUAAAAUGCUGCUUAUCUUUAUUUUUUUUUUUCAAAAUAUUAAUUAAUUUUUAUACCUAACCAUGUCUGUAUUUAAUAUGAGUACAUUUAUACAUAUUUUACCUACUAUGUAUGUAUGCAUGUGUGUCGAAACAAAUGCAUUAAGUAAUUGUUUUUGCUCUUUAAUUGCAGGUCAUUUCAAUUGAAACGCGCAAAUAAAAAAUAAUAUUGCGACAUAAGCACAAC